AUGGGGACCGGCAAGCACGCGAAAGCACUCACCGUACAAAACUGGAAUGGUUGUACACGUAACUUUAAUACUUCAUUACGAAUACCAUUGCCACCUGCUCCAAUUCGACGUGUACAGGGUGUUGUUUUUGCUGAAGAGUCGCUUAUUGUGCACCUCGCGUGCCAUUGUGACUUCGAAGCUAUGAAACGCUUUUAUGUGGGCACAAUGGGAAUCUUAUCUCUGCCUACUGUAAUGUCAGCUUGA